AUGUCCAGGGGUGUUAAUAGAACAGAUAAGGGUGAUGACAAGGUGGAUCUGUGUGGCCGGGGGAGCUGGUGGCUGGGAACACUGAAAGACACACCCAGCCCAGGUAACUAUCACAUCCGCGACUUCAUCGAAGAGGCUGAGCUGAACCCGGUGAGGAAGACCUAUGGGUUCAAAGGCGUGGGCAGAAAAGCCCAAACUCUGGGCGUACGUAAGGGGGAUUUGCUUCUACCCGGGGCGUAUGACUACAACGACUCCAUCCAGGAAGUCCUGACGCACCAGGCUUCAUACUCUUUCAAAAACUGCCCACGGCCUGACAUCGUCACCCUGGGCGUCAGGGACAAGCAUAUAAACACUUCACCAUGCGACUACAAUGUGACAGCAAAACCAGUGGAGAAGAUUCCCUGCAAGCAUGUGAUGUUUCGGUCGACUGUGCAGCGGAUCAGCUUUCCACCUAAGGAGGGACCUGGUCCAUGCCACUAUAGUCCACAGACCAGACCAGUGAAAGGCAUCACUUCCUGCUUCAAAUCCACAUUGCCACGGCUCCACUAUGUGCACUCAAAGACCCCAGGACCAGGGGCCUAUGAACCUUGCUGGAAGUUGGGCGACCCCCUGAACACAGAGGCCCUAGACCCAUCAUUUAGCCUCUUCUUCCGCAACACUCUCUAG